AAUCCGCGGUCACACUGCUGUGUGGAUUUUGCGUGUGUAAAUACUUGAAAAAAUUCAAGAAAAAAGCGAAAAAAGUUUCUGGUCGUGCGUCAACGUUAGCGAACAAUGCAAAAUCAAAUAUGUUUUCCACUGCAUACAGAAAAAUAAACAAACACAAGAAGCAUAAAGUAUGCAGAAAAUUAAACACAAAAGGAGCCAUUAAGUGUUGCGUGUGAAAGAAAUUAACGUUUUUGUGCAGAUCGUCGUAGUCGUCAUACAACCUUUCUGUUUCAAUAGCACGUACAAUGGAUAUUUGUUGAAACUUUUUUGCAUUUACAAACUGGUGCUUAAGAACAACAACAACAACAAGAAAAACAACAGCGACAUCCCUCGGAGGCACACGCAAAGCAAAAGAAAGAAAGGAAAAACAAAAAAAUUAAUAUAUACAUUUAUAUAGCAUCAAAUUUACAUUAAGCGCCAAGUCGAGGAAGGGACAAAGAAGAAGUCAUUUUUAUUGUAGGACAAACGCACCAGUAAAAUUAAUCAAUCAACUACACGUUCCUUAAAACAAAUGUUUUCCAAACCGCAAACCAACUAAACGAAAUAUGCUUUUGAAUUAGUUUAAGCAGACAACAGCACAGCACAAAACCAGAACAAGCAAAGCCAUAAAAAAACAUUUUAAUUUAACUCCAACAAAAGCCUGUGGAGACGAUAUAUGUAUACAAAUAUAUGUCGAGAUAUAUAUCACACCAUAUAUACAUAUUUAUAUAGGAACCACCACUACCCCGGGUGUCCAAACAUAACGACACCGAUUAAGUCAAACCGCAGGGAAAACCACAACAAAACACUCAGAGAGCCAGCAAAGGAAAAAAUCUAUUUUUUGUAUUGCUUAGUGCUGGCAAACAAAAAGAAAGGAAGGACAGAACAUCGUAUUGGAGAAUCUCGUCAGAUUAAGUGGAUUUCUAUCUCCGAUAAAGAACUGAAUGUUCUUGGAUCGCUGGACUACAAGGGGAACCAAUCGUCGUGUCAUUCGUGCAUCAGUCAUAGUCGGAGACAGAGUCAGAGAGUCUGGAGUCUGGUCAAGGAAUUUAGUGUAAAGCCUAUAAGAAUAAGCCUUCCCAUCGAGGGAAACAAAAGUGAAAGUGAAAGGGAAAGUAAGCAAUAGCCAAAGAGAACCUGUCGAGAGAGGAUUGUGGCACCGGGAGGAUCAGAGAGUGAGCAACGCCAAAGUACAAAUGCAUAAAUCGAAACUGAAUCUAUAACUUAGAACCGGGUAUCAAGCAAUUCCCCUGGCUGCAUACGUAUCAUCCCAGGACACAAGCACCAAUCAAAUCCAAUUUAGACGCAGCAACAGCAGCCGCCUCAGCCUCAACAGAUCCCCCAAACAAUUAGAUUAGCCAACAGCAGAGAGAAAGAUAGACGGACAGAGACAGCGACAGCGACAGGCAAGCCAGAGCUCUGUAGCCAGCAGCUCCUCGUCAUCAUCCUCAUCCAAGUUUGCAAGCGUAACGGAGAGUCGACGUAGUGGCUGCAGUACGCGUAAGCGUCCAUAAAUCUAGUUAGCAUGGAGUGCUGUUUAUCGGAAGAGGCAAAGGAACAAAAGCGCAUCAAUCAGGAAAUCGAGAAGCAGUUGCGCCGCGACAAGCGAGAUGCGCGACGGGAACUUAAAUUGCUGUUGCUUGGCACGGGCGAGUCCGGCAAGUCAACGUUCAUCAAACAGAUGCGUAUUAUCCAUGGCAGCGGCUAC